UGUCUUGUUUGUUAGGCACCAGCCAUCAUUGACAUGUUGAUGGGUCAUGUUGGUAUCUUUGUGGAUGGAUCACAUGGUUUAGGUGAUGUUUACUCUGAUUGGUACCAGAAGACAGAAAGAGAUUAUACCAAGUUUUGGAGAGAAACUCUUGAAAUUGAAGACUUUAGAGCUUUGUUAUUUAAUGGUGAAGGAAGAACUGAGGAAGAUGAUGAGAUUGAGUUGUUUAAUCCUGGUAAAAAAUAUGGUGUCAACAGUAUAGAAGCACAGAGAGUUGCACAGGUGUGCAUGAUAUUAUACAAUUUCUCAUUUGAUGAUGCAAAUGCUGAUAUUCUAGCAAGUCAUCCAAUGUGCCUGAGAUUUUUAAUGUUAUGUAUAUGCAACCAAAUAGGAUAUAUACAAAACUUAGCAUGGAGUACCAUAUCAAAUUUGGCAGAAAAGAUGAAGUUAGAUCCAGUAGAAUGUGAAAAUACACAAAUGGUUUUCCAGAUUCUUCAUUAUUUUUUGGAUGACAAAGACAGAUUUAAAGUUUGUAAAGCAAUGGAUGUUCUUGGUAAACUGUGCGUCAGAGAAGAUAAUGAUGAAGUAGUUGAAAUGGCAAUAGAAACCCAAGCUUAUGAGUCUUUAGUAAGAAUAUUAAUCAUCCCUGAUGUACAGCUUGUUAUUGGUUCACUAGAGGCACUGUAUAAUAUCUCUGGAGUAGGGCAAACUACAUCUGAUCAGAUUGCAAGUGUAGACCGUAGUGUUGAUAUUCUAGUUUGUAUGGUCACCCUUGAUGCUGAGAGCUUUGGUCCACAAGCCUUAUCUGAAGUUGUAGUUAUAGAGAAUAGAAUACCAGGGUCAUUACCUAUGACCCCUAGACCACGCCCUACACACACUCCUACAGUAGGAAGUGCAUCGCCUGUCUCGCCUCAUACUCCCUCUGUGCCGUCAUCACGCAAUGAAGUGGAUGCUGAAGCAUUUACUGUAAAAUGGCUACAAGCAACAUAUGAAGCUAUACCAUCAGGGACAGUCUCUAGGAUUGAUCUUUAUGCUGAUUACCUGUCUUCAUGUAGUCGUCUUGCAAGAAUAGGAAUAUUGAAUGCUUCAGCUUUUAAUAGAAUAGUCAAGUUUGUUUUUCCUGAUGCCCAGUUGAGAAGAUUCCCAACUGGCAACCAGCUACAGUAUGCUCUAUGUGGUAUGCGUAGAAGAGCCAAUCCUCUCCCAGUAGCAUCAACUAUAGAUCAACCACAAACACCCACUACUCCUGUACAACCAAGAACACCUACACCACCUAUUCCAGGAAGAAAUUCACCAAACUGGAACCAAGCUCUACCRCAAAGAUCUCUCAACAUGACACGUCAAGCACCACCCUCCCCUACUGGGGUGUUUAGUCAAGGAAAUCUAAUUCAAAAAAMCCCAAAUCCAUUGCUCAGGCCAGGUUUCCAGGGGACGCCCGGUGUUAGCAAUGAUGGUACAAGACUGCCUGGACAGUUAACACCUCAACAACCCAUCAACCAUACAGCUAUGCAAAAACMAGUACAACAACCGUGGCAGCAGCAGAAUUUCCAACAACCUGUACCUCAUCACCAACCUAAUACACCAAUUAAUAAUCCAGGCAUAGUAGGGCGACCUCAAGCAAUACAACCAAGAUCACCUGGACAAUUACCUGGUAUAGUAACACAAAACUCACAAACACAGGGAUCUCAACCACUACURCGGCCACAGCCUCAGCAACCACCCAGACUACCUCAAGCACCAAAUAUGAUGACAAGGCCUGGGUCACCUGGCCAAGCAAGAAUAGCMCCUAGAACUCCYAUGUACUCUCAAUCUGGUUUAGUACCUAUUAGACCAGCACCACCAAAUGUAGCAAUGCAAAGUCCAGCACCUGUUUCCUCUCAACCAGGACCAGGACCUAACAUMAGAUUACACAAUGGACCUUCAUUGAUGGGAGCUCAGAGACCAAACCAAUUUAGGCCCCAGAAACAACAAAGUCCAUUUCCACAGGGAGGCCAACAAUUUCAGGGUUUUCAGCAAGUGCCAAGGUCACAAGCGCCUCAGACCUUCAUGGGGCAGCCCAGACAAGCACCACCCCAAAUAGUCCCUAAUCAAGGAGCUGGUGGCUAUAGGGGGAACCAACCUAUUGCAAUCGCACCAAAACCGAGCAUUUAUCCAAGCACAACAGUCACUCCUUCAACUAACCAAAAGAAACAAGGCUCAACAGAUGGUGUUGUUCUCAUAGCAAGAGAAGAGAAAGCAGAAGACAUUCUCACRUCAGACUUAUUACAAAAUGCAGAAGAACAAAAAAUAGUUGUGGUCGAAAAUACCAACAAUACUCAGAAAAAUACAACACUGAAAAAACAGGAAAAYGGUGGUGCACCUUAUGAAAACAAUAUUGAAGGYAGUACGGGUUUAAAGAGAGACUAUAAGAGUCGACACGCAAACUUGAACUCGGAGGGGUUAGUGAAUACUAGUCAAAUAGAUCAGAAUGGUAUCAAUGGUUGUAAAAGAACGCGUUUAGAUGAUAACUCACCAAGUGAUAUAGUAGACUCUACCUUAGAUGAACCCAUGGUCAAUGGAGAUAUACGCAACGACCCCAGAAAUAAACUUAUGGAUAAAUUACUAGGUAAAGAUCUACAUAUGCCACUUAAUGGCAUGUGUGAUAUCAAUUCUUCUGAUUUGGACCUGAUAGCACCUGAGGGUGAACGACUUAGUGGAAGCAACAGCAAGACAUCUUCUCCUGAUAUCUUUGAUAGUGAGAACAACUCAGAUUUUGGGAAAUACCUCGAGGAGAGUGAUACAGAUACUGGGUUAUUUAGUGAUGUUAUACUAGGUGAUAUACGUAUUGACUCUAUGGAGACCGAUCCCAAGUCUAAAAGUACUGACCAAAGUAAAACUAUUCCAAGUUUACCAGAYUUGGGRUACCAUGCUGUCGCUCAAGAAUUGAGGAAUCCUGGUACUCUACCUAUUAGACCUAGGAAUGAAACUUUACCAAAUAAAGGAUUUCCUAACAAUCUUCAUGACAAAGUACAUAUGACAUCAACWACUCGGACAGGUCAACCACGCCCUUCAGAUUCUAAUGACAUCAUGGGUGGUCGUUAUGGUAAUGAUGGUUUCCAAGGACAGCCUAACACAACCUGGAAUGGUUCUACAACGCGACCUCUUCCUCCACCAAGUUAUAAUUCAGUUACUCAGAGUGCUGGACCUCGACCCCCAGCACAACAACAUCUUAAUGCAAUCUUAGAACAUAGAACCAAAGCACUUGUUACCCCUAAAAUGCCGAGUACAGAACAACMAGAUAACAGACAACAAUAUGCUCACCAAGUAUCUACAGUACCAAAUACUAUUCCUGGACAGCMAGAUGCACCAAUUACACAAGCUAUCCCAGGACAGSCUGGGUCGCCAAUCACACAAGCUAUCCCAGGACAGCUUGGGGGGCCAAUUACACAAGCUAUCCCAGGACAACCUGSGGCACCAACGGCCCAAUCUGUCACAGGUAUAUCAUCACAGUCAGCGGAACAGCAGCCUGUUGCAGAUACUGCCGUUGAAACCUUCAAACCAUUUCGUUGUAGAUGGGCUAGUUGUACAAGUUCAUUUGAUGGCGGUAAAGAGCUGUUUUCUCACGUGAUCAGCACGCAUGUUCCACGUGAUACCCUCGUGAUGUCAUGUAUGUGGGAGAAUUGUGCACCAGUGCGAAGAUCAAGAUCAUCUUUACUUUUCCAUUUACAGCAAAAACACAGUGGUCCCACACCAGUGACUGUUGGAACAGCGAAUCCUCAACCCCAGGUCCCACCAGUGCCUUCACCACAGGUGCCCCAAGCACCAUCUAGUCAACAGAAUCCACCGAAUUACUUUCCAGCUUAUAAAUUACUUUCUCGUAUGAUGUCGGCCAUGCAGGAUGAGGAAGAGUCACCGCUGACCAAAACUGUUCGAUUAACGUCUGCUCUUGUACUGAGAAAUAUAGCACAAUACUCAGCCAUUGCUAGAAGUCAUCUACGACGACACGAACGACUUCUGUCAGAAGUCGCCAUGUCCCAUUCUGAGGCAGCUCAUGCAAUAGCAGCGUGUUUAUCGGAACUAUCACCACACAGAAAGACAUCAGAAGAUGAUAAUAAUACUUUUAUAUGGGCCUUUGAUAGAUGAUAGCAACUCCAAAACCGCAACCUUACGCAAGCCUUUGAUGCGCGUGGACGCGUUUCCGUUAAGUUUGCGUUGGUAGUCAUYGGAUGGUUUUGGAUGAAAUAUGAGCGUAUUUUAUUUACUUUCCCCUUGCGUCUCCCAGUAACUCGUUACAUAUAUCACAUGAUUAAGUUUAAUUGUGAGCUGUGUCUAAUGUAUUUAGCUUCGAAGUUUCGUAUUUUUAAUUCUUUUUUUCCAGAUGUAAUAGCUAAAAGUGCUGCCGCUUCUUAUGGAUAACGCUAGUUAUUCAAAUCCAAUUGCGAUUUUUCUUUCAUGUACGACGUGCAUUAUCGACUUACGUUAUCGUAACGCACACAACGGCAUCGCAUUGAUUUUAUGCCGUAAGAGUUUUGUGGUAUCUGAAGGUCUACGUGUACGUAGUGGCUAAAACGGCUCUGAACAAUCAGUAGUAACCUAACGUAUGGCUACGUAACCACAUAACGUAAUUAACCACGGUACCGUAUAAAGAGUUUGACAUAUGUAACGUGUAAAAGGGACUGUACGUGAUUGUCCACGUUAACGUAAAUGUUCUAUAGUAGAGUAUUUUAAAUCAGUAUAACAUAGCAGGACCAAAUUAUAUAGUGUACAGUAGGACCUUGAGGGUAAUGUCCCUACAUACAGUUUCUAUAAGUUUAUUUAUAAAUUUUACAUCUAUUGUACAUACGUUUUUGUACAGCUAAAUACUCCUGUUUUGAGGUCUAAGGCGCAUGCGUGAUUCUUAUGAUUAUUUAUAUAGCGGAGUCAAAUCGCAGUGCGUUUUACUCCCAUAACCAAGCUCACUCUUCUGUUGUUGUUACAACUUUGGAAAACAUUAAAUGAUUUUUGUAAUGAACUUCA